CUUCACACACUACGUAGUACGUACGUCCGAUGUGUGAAUGAAAAAAUAAUAACAAAAUGUUGAUCGCUUAGAACUUAGAAUAGCAGCAGAAGACCAAGUUGAAGCGAAGUUAUUCGAAUUCUAAGAAAUCAACUACGACCUCAUGGUCAACUGUUAAUAACAUGGAUGACAAGAUGGAGUGCUCGUCCGAGGAAAAGAAACCAGAUACCGACGGGGGCGAAGAAGGCAGUGGAGAGGGUUCUACCAAAAGUCCCUCAAGGACACCGGCUGACCUUGUCGAAGGGCCUGAAAGCAAAAGGGGGAAAAUAGAGAGCGAAGGCGGCUCCUCUUCCUCCAGCAAGUUCAAGAAGAGAUCCUCUUCAGGCAGGAGGAAUUACAGGAAGACGUCCAAGGAUGAUUCAUCCAGUUCAGAGGAAAGUGCCCCACACAACGAAAGUAAGGGCAGACAGCAGCUGUCAGAAGAUUCAAGCAGUGACCUUGAUGCUCUCAACAUUUGCCUUGGCAAUGAUAGACUGAGCAGCAGCACUAGUAGCAGUAGCAGCAGCAGCUCAACUUCUGGCCCAGACAGUCCAAGUGGACUUGAUCGACUUAAAUUGUCUAAGUCUGAGAUCAGUGAUGGCCACCAUGACGAUGAAGAGGAGCAGCCAGUUGUGCUCUUGAAAAAUAAGCCAUCACACAAAUGGCACAUGGCGCAGGAAAUAACUGCAAGGCAGUACGGGACAAGCUCAAAAUCGCAGGUUCCAAAACUGUUUACAGACCGCUUCUAUGGCUCACGCCACGCGGUCGAAAGGCUUGAACUAAUGUACAAGCUGGAAGAUCACAAUGGCUGCGUCAACGCUCUCCAUUUUAACGAAAGUGGAACCAGACUAGUCAGCGGCUCUGACGAUCUACGGGUCAUUGUGUGGGACUGGGCCAUCGGCAAGAAAUAUCUUGCCUUUGAAAGCGGCCACCGCAGUAAUGUCUUUCAGACCAAAUUCAUGCCUGGCAGUAACGAUACUCUAAUCGCCACCUGCGCUAGAGAUGGCCAAGUGCGUCUUGCAACGCUUUCCUCAACAGGUGCUUGCCGUGGAACCAGGAAGCUCGCAGAACACAACCAGUCUGUCCACAAGCUCUCUGUCCACCCAGAGUGCCCAGAGGAAAUCCUAAGUGCUGGCGAAGAUGGCAUGGUGUACAACAUCGACCUUCGGCAAUCAACUGCUAAAAAGAUGGUGGUGGUCCGAGAGAACACCCGAAAGGUGCCUCUUUACAGCAUCAGCUCGCACCCUCUAGACCAGAAUGAGUUCUGUGUUGGUGGGCGAGAUCAGUUCAUCAGAUUCUAUGACAAGAGGUUUCCUAAGCAGAUUGUCAAAAAGUUCAAGCCUCAACACAUGAAUGAGCCCAAAGCAUCCUGUCAAGUCACGUGUGCAACAUAUAGCUACAAUGGAGCUGAAAUUUUAGCAUCAUACAAUGAUGAUGACAUCUUUCUCUUUGAUACUCGCCACUCAGAUGGAGCUGAUUAUGUUCACCGCUAUGAGGGGCACCGAAAUAGCGCCACAGUCAAGGGCGUCAACUUUUUUGGUCCAAGGAGCGAGUAUGUGGUUUCUGGUUCUGACUGUGGACAUAUUUACUUCUGGGACAAAGAAACUGAAGCCAUUUUGCAGUUCAUGCACGGAGAUGAGAAUGGAGUGGUCAACUGCUUGGAGCCGCACCCUCAUGUUCCUAUUCUGGCUACUAGUGGUCUGGAUGAAGAUGUGAAGAUCUGGAUUCCCUCAUACGAAGAGGCUCCAGCCCUCGCUGAACUGAAACAAACUGUGAUAAGCAACACUAAGUGUCGACUUGACGAGAGGAGUGGCAACGCAGAAUCAUUUGAUGGUCAAAUGCUUUGGUUCUUGUGGAGGCAAAUUCGCAGGAGUAACGCAACCAGGCGAGAUCGCCUCCGAGCUCAGAUGGCAACAGAAAACUCUGAAGGCGAAGGAGAAGGAGAGGUUGGAAACAUGAUCAGUUCUUCUAGUGACGAUGGAGACGACGCAGACUCUGAUGGCGAUGAUGACGAUGACGAGCCUAGGGCUGCUCGCGUCCAGUGUUCUCCCUCUUAAUAUCAAGGGAAUAGACUUGGCACAUUUUAAUCUUUCACUCCAACACGUCAAUCCAUUUUCUACUCGUCAGAUAAUAUUUAUUCAAUAUUAUUCAGAUCAGUUAUCGCGGCGGUUGUGAAGUAGUGUUCCGUGCCCUGUUCAUCUGAAUAAAUGUUAAACAAGUAUUUUUCGCCUGUCGAAUUGGGUGGGCUUUAGAGACCCCAAUUCAUAAGGUAUAAAGUGGUGUUUUAGCAGUCCAAUAAUCUGAAUUCGUAUGGCUGAAUGGUUAAAUGGUCCCACCUUUGCAGAAGGCUGAGUUUUUUUUAAUAAGAUUUUGCACAAGACCAAAUGGCAAUCUUGACUGUUUAACUGUAAUUUUGUCGGUUUCUUAGUAAAUCGUGCAGGUAACUGACGAAAGGAAAUAAUGCAGAGACAUAACCCUACUUUCCAAUAAAAUUGACUAAUAGAUGUGGUUCCGUCUUUGUGAAACUAAUUUUUGACUUUUCUGUGUGCUAGUCUUCCUCCAAGGAAAGCCAAUAGCGAGGCAGCGUUUUUUGGUUUUGUCAUUCGGUCCUAUGCAAAUUUUUAAUGUCUUUUGAACUCGGUUACUCAAAAAUGAGUUGGACUUCUGCAUAGAAACCUUUCGCCCUUAUCAAUUCAGCUCCCUGAAACUCUCCCGUCAACUCACUCCCACGCGCAAGUAAUUAGAAACAUACUGCACAUCCGCAUAUUUAUUGCAGCUGUAGGAUUUGAAUAUCUCUGGCGAAAUGAAGUGCCUGUGUCAGAGAUAUUGUUUAUCAACACUGCUCAAACCAAAUCUAAUGUGCAGGAAUGAGCAUAAGAUACGAAACCAAGUCCAGUUUAAAGUGGUGUCAUCAUUUAUCUUCUCUUGUCUUGGCUUUCAAACAGAUGAUGAUUUGUUUUGAAAGCCAGAAUAUAAUAAUACUUAGAAAUAUUCAUUUGCCCUUCUAGUUUUCCAAGUUAUGUUAAAGUUGAUUCAGUUUGUUACUAGUUGUCGUUUGUACAGAGGAUUUAUAUCAGCAAAUAAAACAAAGAUAUAAUAGA